AUGCACAAAGGGAUCCCCAAAGCAAAGGCACCUAGGAGAGGCAGACCCAGGAAAUCUGCCCCCCCACCAAGGGAAGAGGAGAGACCUGAGGAAAUCCCCCAGCAGCCGCAAUGCCAGGGUCCCCAGGAGCUGCAGGGACGAGUCCGCGCGCUCAGCCGACAGCCAGCCACGUCGAAGUGGAACCGACCAUGUGCACAGGGGGAUAACCUAAAAGCAGCAACAGACAGCAUGCUGUGGGUGUUCUCUGUGAUUGUCUCCUUCUGUCAGCUGAUCACAUCCCGCCAGCAGAGCGCGUCCCUGCGCCUUGGACAGAGGCUGGGGGAUGCCUUCCAGCUCAGCACAAACCCACUCCCCGUCCACCGUCAAAAACAGAAGACAAACAGCGGAACGAGAGCCGAGCGUAUUUCUCCAAGUGUUGGAGAAGUGCGGAGCCAUGAUCCGCCUCAACUUCCUGAAGAGUUUGGCUCCUCAGCGACCAUGCGGCUGAUCACAUCCCGCCAGCAGAGCGCGUCCCUGCGCCUUGGACAGAGGCUGGGGGAUGCCUUCCAGCUCAGCACAAACCCACUCCCCGUCCACCGUCAAAGUGUGACAGCGAAUAAGCCCUUUUUUUUCUUUAUUGGGAAAAGAAGCCCAGUGCCAGUAACCCCAUGCUCUGCGAGCUUUCUCCGCCGCCUACAGCAGUCACAGGACUCUCUCAGGAUGCUGUCUAGCAGCCCACUCAUCGCGCACAAAGUGAUUUUUCUCUGCUUCCUUUUCAUCUGUGUUUCUACUGGAUCAGCUGAACGACCACAGAAUCAUGAAGGCAUGCACGUCCCAAGCAGCAAUAAACUGGACCUUCGGGAGAUAGUGUUUGUUCUCCAGAGUCAAAGCAACUCAUUCCAUGUGAGGAAGGCAGAAAGGCAGAGGGCAGAUUUACUGAAGCAGGCGCAUGGUCUCACUGAGAAACCACCUGUGGUUUUGCUCCUACACACUUUAUCAGACAAUGAGGGUGAUUGGAGUAUACUUCCACUUCUGCCUUACUUUUCCCAGUCUUUUGGGAAAAACUCAUCCUGGAUUUUAUUUCUUGAGGAGGAAACAAAUGUGAAGAUGGUUACGCUUCUUCAAGCUCUGGCAAAAUUUCACAAGAGUAAGGAGUGGUUUCUCGGCAAGCCUCUCCAUGAUGAGGAAUCGACCAUUAUCCAUCACUAUGCCUUUGCAGAGAAUCCCUCAGUCUUUAAAUAUCCAGACUUUGCUGCUGCUUGGGCUUUAAGCAUGCCCCUGGUUGUUCGGCUUGCAAACAAAGUGAGAAAUGAGCCACUGAAAUCAGACUUCACUAUUGACCUAAAGCAUGAGAUCGCUUUGUAUAUCUGGGACAAUGGGAAGGGACCCCAUCUGACUGCUGUGCCUGAAUUCUGCACAGAGCUAGAGGGCUCUCCUCAUGCUCAGCAAUGUGCAACCACUUUAAGCAAAGACCUUCCACUGUGUGGGAAGCCUGUAAAUAAAGAAGACAUAUUUGUUGCUGUGAAAACCUGCAGAAAGUUUCACAGUGAAAGAGUUCCAGUGAUAAAGAAGACUUGGGAAAAGGAUGCCUUAUUUUUAGAGUACUACAGCGACCAUGCCGAGGCUUCCAUACCAACCAUUAAUUUAGGAGUGCCAAACACUGAGAGAGGUCACUGUGGGAAAACAUUUGCAAUCCUUCAAAGAUUCCUAAGCAGCGCUGUCCCUAACACCAAGUGGCUUGUUAUUGUGGAUGACGAUACACUCAUCAGCCUCCCUCGUCUACGAGUCUUGCUGAGCUGCUACGACCCCUCUGUGCCUGUGUGCCUCGGAGAGAGAUACGGCUAUGGAUUGAGCCAAGGUGGUUAUAGUUACAUCACAGGAGGUGGAGGUAUGAAUAUAACUGGAUUUCUUAUUUGCUUUCAGGCACGCCCAGAGGACUAUGCUAAAGACCUCUUAGCUCACCAGGUCCCCAUCUCCUUCCAUAAACACUGGAACAUUGACCCUGUGGCUGUUUUCAAUAAGUGGUUAAGGGAUGACUGGAGGACAAAUACUUCAGACAAACAUGAUGACAGGAUUAAAACAGAAUUAUGAUUAGAAAAUAACUCAACUGUGGUGAUGUUUAUGCAUACACUGAAUGUCUUUGUUUACAAAGGAACAUGGUUUCACUCCACAGAUGUAAAUAUUUUCUAUUGUUACUGUUUAAAUAUGAUUAUUAAGAGAAAGUGUGUGUGCGUGCGUGUGUGUGUGUCUUCAGGUCUGGGUCUGCAUGUUAAGGUUAUGUUUCAUUUAUAAAUAACUGUAUAUUUAUAUAAUUUGAUCCUUGUAAACACAUCACACUGUUCAUAGUUUUUUUUUUCUCCACAAGAUGCUGAUAUCUUGAAAAAAAAAAAAAAGAAAUUCUUUGAAAAAUGAUCAAUGAUGCUGUACAAUAUUGUCAAUUUCAACAUAAAGGUAUUCAUACUUUAACAUGUUUGAUUCUCAGUUUCGCCAGAGGCUUUUUUAAUGGAGUUUAGUGACUGUUUUAACAUCAAAGUCGGUUACAGUUAAUGUGUUACUAAGGAGUAGGCGAGGGUUAAAGAACAACUGUCCCAAAGUUUUGUAGGACCACUGGUGUUUACAUCAGAAU